ACAUCUCUUACAUUGAAUAUUAAAGAAACGAAUCCAAAAGCUGUUUGGAAACUCUUAGGGAAAUUAGUGGUUAAAAUGGAUCCACCAACAAUUUACCAGAAACUUCACCAUAAUUGUAUAGAAUAAUAGUAGCUACCAAGGAUUUAGGGAUUUUACAAUUUAUACAAUGUAUAAAUUUGAGUCUUAAACAACUUGAACAAAUAGUUCUCUCUUUUCACGCCAACGCCACUGCAAAGAAAAACAAGAGAAACAAAAAUGGGUUCUAUUACUACAGAUGAAACUGAAAGCAAGUUGAAAUCGAAUUCUGAUAAUAGGAUGGAUGAGCUCAAAGCAUUUGAUGAGACUAAAGCUGGUGUUAAAGGCCUUGUUGAUGAAGGUGUUGUCCAAAUCCCAACCUUAUUUCAUCAUCCACCUGAUAAGUUUUCAUACUCCACUAAUUCAACCAACACAGAACACAUCAUUCCUGUUAUAGACUUUAAGAAUACAAGGCAACAUAUUAUAAGCAGCAUAAAGGAAGCUUCUGAGACAUGGGGUUUCUUUCAAGUGGUUAAUCACGACAUUCCCUUGAAUGUUCUCGAGGAUAUGAAAGAUGGUGUGGUUAGAUUCUUUGAACAAGAUACUGAAGUAAAAAAAGAGAUGUAUACUAGAGAUUGGACAAGACCAUUUGUUUAUAAUAGUAAUUUUGAUUUGUAUAGUUCACCUGCACAUAAUUGGAGGGAUUCUUUUAAAUGCAACAUUGCUCCUAAUGCUCCGAACCCAGAAGAUUUGCCAGUAGUUUGCAGGGAUAUAGUUCUAGAAUAUGGAGCACAUGUAGAGAAACUUGGAAUGACACUCUUUGAGUUACUAUCAGAAGCUCUUGGGUUGAAUCCAAACCAUUUAAAAGACAUGGAUUGUUCUAAGCGGGUUAUGUUACUCGGUCAUUACUAUCCUGCUUGUCCUCAACCAGAGUUAACUAUGGGAAGCACCAAACACUCUGACGGUAGCUUUCUCACGGUGCUUCUCCAAGAUCAUAUUGGUGGCCUUCAAAUUCUUCAUCAGGACAAGUGGAUCGAUGUAUCUCCAAUCCCUGAGGCUCUUGUUGUUAAUAUUGGUGAUCUUUUGCAGCUUGUAACAAAUGAUAGGUUCAAGAGUGUUGAACACAGAGUAAUGGCAAAUAGCAUUGGUCCGAGAGUAUCUGUUGCAUGCUUUUUUAGGGGACAAGAAAAGCUCUACGGACCUAUAAAAGAAUUAUUAUCAAAAGACAAUCCUUCCAAAUACAGAGAAACCACUUUUACUAACUACGUAGCUUACUACGUUGCAAAAGGGCUUGAUGGCAGUUCUGCUCUUCAACAUUUCAAGAUUUGAGAUUUUGAAACUGUGGAAUUAGUUGGUUUGUUUAGCAUGAUAAACAAACAAACUAAAUAAGUAGGGGAAAAUAUUAACAAUUUUCAAUGUGUCUGUAAAUCCUUUCCUAGACUUGAAAUUUGUGUUAUGCCUAUGUCUUGCAACAAACUACUGAAAAUCCAAAGCGUACAAUACAUCAUUAGAAUGGUGCAAAGAACAUGUCUUUUUUGAACAGUCUCAUGUUGCCAUUGAUGAUGAAUGAAACAAUUUAUGCAAGACUUUGAAACCA